CCUCGUUCUUGUUAGAGUGGGGUGCUGUCCACCACGAGACAAAUUUGUAGUUCGUUCUUUUUUAGUUUGAUUGUACUCGUGGCUAGUUCUCUUGAAGAUGUCUUCAGAAACUUUGCAAUUGAAAGGUACCCUUAGGGGACACAAUGGAUGGGUUACUCAAAUCGCAACUAAUCCUAAAUAUCCUGAUAUGAUCUUAUCUUCAUCCAGAGAUAAGACAUUGAUUGUAUGGAAAUUAACUCGUGAUGAAACCAAUUACGGCAUUCCUCAAAAGCGUCUGUAUGGCCACUCACACUUCAUCAGUGACGUAGUUCUAUCUUCUGAUGGAAAUUACGCUCUUUCUGGUUCAUGGGAUAAGACCUUGCGUCUGUGGGAUCUUGCUGCUGGCAAGACCACUCGUAGGUUCGAGGACCAUACUAAGGAUGUUUUGUCUGUUGCUUUCUCUGUUGACAAUCGUCAAAUUGUCUCUGGAUCUCGUGACAAAACCAUCAAGUUGUGGAAUACAUUAGCUGAAUGUAAAUAUACUAUUCAAGAUGAAGGCCAUUCUGACUGGGUUAGCUGUGUAAGAUUUUCUCCAAAUCACAGCAACCCUAUCAUUGUUUCUGCUGGAUGGGAUCGUGUAGUUAAGGUAUGGAACUUAACUAAUUGCAAGCUAAAAAUAAACCAUAAUGGACACACAGGAUAUUUGAACACAGUUACAGUAUCUCCUGAUGGCUCUCUGUGUGCUUCAGGUGGAAAGGACUGCAAAGCUAUGUUGUGGGAUUUGAAUGAUGGCAAGCAUUUGCAUACAUUGGAUCAUAAUGACAUAAUCUCUGCAUUAUGCUUCAGCCCUAAUCGUUAUUGGUUGUGUGCUGCAUUUGGACCUUCCAUUAAGAUCUGGGAUCUUGAGAGCAAGGAAAUGGUUGAAGAGCUUAGGCCAGAAGUUGUAUCACCAACAAGUAAAACCGAACCUCCACAAUGUCUUUCCCUUGCUUGGUCUACUGAUGGUCAAACAUUGUUCGCUGGCUAUUCUGACAAUACUAUCAGAGUAUGGCAGGUGUCUGUCUCUGCUCGUUAAAAAUGUUAAAAUAUUUUUGACAAUAAAAGUUUAAAAAU